AUGACUCUUCUGGCACAAUACACCAGGAGAAGGCACAGAGGGAACCGCACAACGGGACCAAGAACAGCGGAGACAUCUGUGGCAUUUGCUCUGUGUUGCCCCUCCCCGCCUUGCUGCACUGCUCCGGGUCGCGCGGGACUCGGGAGCGCGGUACCUGAGCAGCGGCGGGAGCUCCGCCCGCUCCGGCUCCAGCUGCCCCUCGCCCGAGGAAGGCGGAGAGCCCCGACCCACCUCCGAAAAGCCCCUGAACAGGCUCCUCCAGGGGCGGGGAAGUGGAGGGUCUGCAAGGAACACGAACGCCAAAGACUACCGCUUCCACCAAAGCGUUUCCAAGCGCAAAUUGUUACGCGACAGCUCAGCUCUUCCUUUGGAUGCUGUCAGUGUUUAUAUCCGGAUCGGUGGGGGAUUCGGUCUCUCAUCUCUCAAGAGUUAACCGCAAAUCGCUCCGGGUACGAUUUCCCUCCAUCUCGCCAGUGGAACAACUCCCGCACACGGACCGCGCACACCAACUUUCCCGGUGAGGAUGACCCCCGAGCGCUGAGCAGCGCCGAGGCCGCGCAGCCCUCGCCUCAGCCCCGCUGCGCCUCUAUCCCGCCGCCUUCCCUGGAGCAAAAGCCCCGCGCGGGGCAGCCCGGCAGACGGUUCUCGCCCGCACCUCGCGGGUGCGGAGCCCAGAACAGCCCCCCCCCCCCCAUUUCCCCCUCCGGUCCCUCCCCGCACUUACUGCGGGCGCGGGGUCUGUCCGCGGUGCGGAGGAGGGCGCAGGGCCCGGGGUCCCGCCGCGGUGCUGGGGCCGGAGGGACACGCGGCGCCGCCUCGGUGCGCGCCCGCCGCCGCUCGCGCCGCAGCUCCUGUGCGCGCCCCCGCUCCGCCCCGCGCGCCGCCCGCCGCCGCCCCGCACUCCUCUUGGCAGCCAGGCGCCUCGACUCGCGGCCUUUGGCACACGAAUCCCAGCUGGCCGCUCGCUGCCCGGGGGCGAGGAGAAGCUGCCGGCCUCUUCCCCGGGCGCAGGGACAGAGGGACAGGGCCGCCCCUCACGACGGGCGGGAUUUUCCCGCCUCCGAGGCUGUUCCCGCCCUGGGGCGGUGGCAGCGGCGGGAGCCCCCUGAGGGCGGCGGGAGGAUCCUGCCCCGCGCCUCCCGGCUUCCAGCUGGGUCAGUCCAGCGCCCCGUGCUCUGA